CUUUUUUCAGGUGGUCACGUGGACAGAGACGAUGGGAAAUUGGAGCAGAGGCCACAUAGCGGAGUUUGUGUCGGUGGGCUUCCCUACCUCUCCGCCCCUCCAGUGCCUCCUCUUUGUCCUCUUCCUGGCAAUUUACCUGUUGACAUUGUUGGAGAACGCACUCAUCGUUUCCACAGUCUGGCUCACGCCAAGCCUUCACCGCCCGAUGUACCUUUUCCUUGGCCAUCUCUCCUUCCUGGAGCUGUGGUACGUCAAUGUCACACUUCCCCGGCUUUUGGGAGCAUUUCUUACCCAGGAGCGUGGAGUCUCCUACGUAGGCUGCAUGACUCAGCCCUACUUCUUUAUUGCCCUAGCCUGCACCGAAUGUGUCCUGCUGGCGGUCAUGGCCUAUGACCGCUACCUGGCCAUCUGUGAGCCCCUCCGUUAUCCUAGUCUCAUGCCAUCCAGCCUGGCCAUUCGCCUCGCUGCUUCCUCUUGGGGUAGUGGCUUCUUGAGCUCCAUGAUGAAGCUUCUUUUCAUUUCCCGGCUGUCCUACUGUGGACCCAACGUCAUCAACCACUUUUUCUGCGAUAUCUCCCCACUACUCAACCUCACCUGCUCUGACAAAGAGCACGCAGAACUAGUAGACUUCCUCUUGGCCCUGGUGAUGAUUCUGCUCCCUCUCUUGGCCGUGGUUUCAUCAUAUGCUGCCAUAAUGGCUGCCCUCCUCAGGAUUCCUACUGCCCAGGGACGUCGCAAAGCCUUCUCCACCUGUGCCUCUCACCUGGCGGUGGUUGUUAUCUACUACUCUUCCACCCUCUUCGCCUAUGCACGGCCCCAGGCCAUGUCCACCUUCAACCACAACAAGGUCAUCUCUGUGCUCUAUACAGUCAUUGUACCGUUCCUCAAUCCAGCCAUCUACUGCCUGAGGAACAAGGAGGUGAAGGAUGCUCUCAGGAAGUCGGUCCUGGGCAGAUGCCACUAUCCGAGGGAUGUCCCAGAUUGA